AUGAAACCCACAAAUAUCUUAGCUGCUGUUGGCUUCUUUACAUCCAGCGUCGCAGCAGUAGACCUCACUGGCUAUGAAUAUGUCGUCGUCGGAGCAGGAGCUGGUGGCGGCCCUCUUGCAGCCCGGCUUGCCCUAGCAGGACACAAGACACUUCUCAUCGACGCCGGUGACGACCAAGGCGAGAGUCUCAACUACACGGUACCAGCCUAUUCAGCUAAGGCAUCCGAGGAUGAAGACAUGGCCUGGAACUUCUUUGUCCGGCACUAUGCCGAUGACAAGAGACAAGCCCGAGACUAUAAAACAACCUACGACACGCCGGAUGGCGGCGAAUACACUGGUCUUGACCCGCCCAAGGGAUCAAAGAUGAAAGGCACUUUAUAUCCUCGAACGGCCACAUUGGGCGGCUGCACUGCUCAUAAUGCUCUCAUCAGUCUGUACCCGUGGAAGAGCGACUUCGAGUACAUCGCGAGUUUGACAGGGGACUCAUCUUGGUCUGCCGAUAAAAUGCGCAAGUACUUCGUCCGUCUAGAGGAUAACAAUUACCUCCUACCCGCACAACCCGGCCAUGGUUAUGACGGCUGGCUAAGCACAGAAACUGCCCCACUCUCAAUUGCUCUGGAAGAUCCUCAGCUGCUCAGCUUGAUCACUGGCGGAGCAUUUGCCCUUGGAAAUCUGACUGAUAAUGUCAUCAAUGUGGCAACUCUACUUGCUGGAGAUGCCAACGCUGAUACCGACAGCAGAGACGAGAAAGGCGGUUUCUUCCAAGCUCCUAUUCACUCCAAGAAUGGUAUUCGAGUCGGCCCUCGAGAUUUCAUCCUCUCGGUUCGCGAUGCAAAGGAUUCGAAAGGAAACAAAAGAUAUCCUUUGGACGUGCGUACAAACUGCCACGUCACAAAGGUUGUCUUUGACAAAUCUGAGGAUCCUCCUCGUGCUACUGGUGUCGAGUUUCUAGACGGAAGAGGCAUCUACAAAGCAAGCCCCCUAUCACGGUCCGCAGGUGCUGGGAAACCAGGCUCUGUCACAGCUUCCCGCGAAGUCAUUGUUGCAGGAGGAGCAUACAACUCUCCCCAAAUCCUGAAGCUCAGCGGCAUCGGUCCUGCUGAUGAAUUGAAAAGAUUCAACAUCCCCGUCAUCGCAGAUUUGCCUGGAGUCGGGACCAAUCUACAGGACCAUUACGAGAUUGUUGUUCAAUCGCGCGUUCCUAAGGACUUCAGCGCUCUGGAUGGCUGCACGUUCACUGAAGGGCCGGAUGAUAAGUGCCUAGAGCAGUGGCAGAACCCUCUUCUUGGCUUGACACCAAACAAGGGAACCUACACGUCUUCCGGUUUGCCUGUUGCAAUGCUGUACAAGAGUACUGUAGCCGAUAGAGGAGACUGGGACAUCUUUGCUUUUGGAGGUCCUGUCAACUUCCGUGGCUACUUUCCCAACUAUAGCUACAACGCUACAGCCGAGCAUGAUAUCUUUUCAUGGGCCAUUCUGAAGGGACAGCCACGAAAUCAUGCUGGAUCUGUCACAUUGCGAUCUGAUGACCCAUUGGAUGUUCCGGAUAUUGUGUACAACUAUUUUGACACAGGCGAUGACGGAUUUGAAAAGGACCUGCAGGCUUUAGCAGAGGCAGUAGACCUUACCAGAGACGCGUUUGAACGUCAGCUUGUCCCAACCAAAGAGGUUCUUCCAGGAUCCUCAGUCACUACCAAGGAUGAGGUCGAGGAUUAUAUCAAGAACACAGCUUGGGGACAUCAUGCUAGCUGUACCUGCCCCAUUGGUGCAGAUGACGAUGAAAUGGCCGUCUUGGACUCCAAGUUCCGAGUUAGGGGUGUGAAGGGACUUCGUGUAGUGGAUGCUUCUGUGUAUCCGAGAAUUCCAGGAACGUUCACAGCCGUUUCAACAUUUAUUGUCGCUGAGAAGGCUGCAGAUGAUAUCCUGAAAGGUCUCUUGGAUUCCAAGUAG